ACCAUACAUAUAAUUUCAAACUCUCCUCAAAAGUGAUUCAUUUCUUGCUGUUUGUAAUUUAACCUUUUCCUCAUUAACAAUUGAGUGUUGGCAAGUGAAUAUUUGAACAGCUGAUCAUCUUAAUAAGAUCACCUUGUUUAGUUGUCCUCUUUUUAUUAGUUAAUUAUUUUCUAUUUAAUCUAUUCAACAAUUAAUUUAAUUUAUUCUUUUUUCAUUAAUUCGAUGAAGUUACGAAAUAUGUAAACAGUGUGUUGAAAGAUUCUUGGAUCAUGUGUAGAUUUGUGUACAGUUAAUUUGUAAUCAAAUUUUUCUUUUACUUCAUCUUCAUUUUUGUCUCUUCUCAUGUCAAUCAUUUUACUCAACAUUUAUUUUUCUUCUUCAUGUAUAUCUAAUUACUGUGAAUCUCUUUUUUGUUUGUACUUUCACCAUGUCUUUAAUUACAAUCAGAGGUGUUUUUAUUAGUAUUCUUGGUCUCACAUCUUUCCUUUUAAUUUUUUUCCUUUAUAUUUCACCGCCAAUUCAAAUCGAACGCCAUUCACCAACCAUUCAAAGUCUUCCAAAAGCCAAACCUGUGAUCGAUGAACACAAUGUUUCCAGAAAAUUUGAAUCUCAUAAAUUUAUCGAUAAAGAAAGACAAUCAAACUCAAUAAAUGAUGAUCCAGUUGAUGAUGAACUGGAUGUUAAAAAAAUCUCCUAUGAGAUAAAUCACAAGGUGACCGAUAAUAAUGUUCCACAAUUGUUCAUUCCAACCGAUGUUUCAUCUGAUGAAAUGGAUCUUUUAAAAUUAGGUAUUGUUCGAAAUGAAAAUGACCUUAGGCUGAAAAAGGAAGGCCUCAAAAAAUAUGCAUUCAACGCUUUGAUCAGUGAUAAAAUUGGAGAUCACCGGAACAUUCCUGAUACCCGUCAUUCGUUGUGUGCCAAUCAAACAUAUUCACCCAUUGAAUCAAUUCCUAAAAGUUCAAUUAUCAUUUGCUUUUAUAAUGAAGCUUUUUCAGCUCUCUCUCGAACCAUAACAAGUGUCCUAAGUCGAACUCAACCAGAGAUUGUCAAAGAAAUAAUUCUAGUUGAUGAUUUUAGUGACGAUACUUCACUUAGUGAGAAUCUCAAGAAAAAGUUCUCAUCCAAUGGAGAUCUCAUUAAAUUCCUGAGAACACCAGAAAGAGCGGGACUCAUCAAAGCCAGAAUUUACGGUUCGAAAUAUGCAACUGGUGAAGUUCUAGUUUUCCUUGAUAGUCAUGUUGAAGUGAAUGUUGAUUGGCUUCGCCCUUUGUUACAAAGGAUACACGAUGAUAAGAAAAUUGUUGCUGUUCCGAUAAUAGAUAUAAUUAGUCACAAUACUUUUGAAUACUCGGCAUCUCCUUUGGUUCGAGGUGGAUUCAAUUGGGGUCUACAUUUUAAAUGGGACUCUAUUCCUCGUCAUUUAUUGAGAAAUAGUGAAGACUAUGUCAAACCAGUUCCAUCUCCAACAAUGGCAGGAGGUUUAUUUGCAAUGGAUCGUAAUUAUUUCAAACAACUUGGUGAAUAUGAUCCAGGGAUGGAAAUUUGGGGCGGAGAAAAUCUGGAAUUAUCAUUUAGAGUUUGGAUGUGUGGUGGAUCGAUUGAAAUUUUACCUUGUUCCAGGGUUGGUCAUGUCUUUAGACAACGUCGACCUUAUGGAUCGCCCACUGGGGAAGACACUCUGACCAAAAAUUCACUUCGAGUGGCCAAUGUUUGGAUGGAUGAAUAUAAGACAUAUUUUUACAACACCAAUAAAAAUGCUGAUGGAAUCGAUUAUGGCAACAUUACAGAUCGAAUUAAAUUACGUGAACGAUUAAAUUGUAAAUCAUUUGAUUGGUACUUGAAAAAUGUUUAUCCAGAAUUGAAACCACCCGAAGAAGAUGCAAAAGAGGAAAAGCGAAAGGACAAGUUAAAAUCGUUGGAAAAAAAGUACAGUCGAAUGAAAGGAGUUUAUAAUUUCGUUCGACGAACCUCUAAAAUCAAAGGAAUUUAUCAAAUCAGUUUAGCGAAAAAUGAUCUUUGUAUAGAAUCUGAAAAGGCAGUUACCACAAAGAAAAGCAGAUUAAUUCUCAGAAAAUGCUCAGAUAGUAAAAGACAGAUUUGGUAUGAAAGUGAAAAGAAAGAGUUAAGAUUAGCUAAUGGAUUAUGUCUUGAUACUGAUGGCGAAACCACAUAUCUGGCUAAAUGCCAUGAACAAGGUGAAACUCAAGAAUGGAAUCAUUCAUCCAAGGAAAAUACUCCACUUUACAAUCUAGCGGUUGGUUUAUGUCUUGGUGUUCAUAAGCCAAUUGUAGAUGAACCUAUUAUAAUGUCAAUUUGUAAUAACCAUGAAUCUGGCCAAUGGAAUCUCAUUUCAAUGUUUUCCGACUAACUGAUGUACUCAAAAAUUGAUUCACCUUUCUCUCAAAGAUUAGACUGAUCAUCUUAAUAAUUUACCUAAAUAAUGUUGAAUUUACAAUUUAAUUUACUAAACAUUUUUAUAAUCGUUGAUUAAUCCAAUGAAUAAAUCUUAUUCUUAAAACAGAAUGAUAUUGAUCCAACUAAAAC